GAAGAAGAAGAGGAGGAGGAGGGCAAUACGAAGUCGAAACCGAUUCCCGCGAAGAAUGCGGAAUUGGGAAGUGAAGGUGGUAAAGUUACAAAAGAGGAAUUGCAGAGCAAUGACUCCGAGAAGAAGAUUGUGAAGGAAGUGAAUUCCGCGGAGGAAUUGCGAGGUGAAAGUUCUCUAGGUGUUGAUGAGAAGGGGAAGAAGAAUUCUAAUAUGGAUGAUAAUGAGAACAACAAAGGGAAUGAUGGGGAAAAUUCUAAACAGGAGAGGAAUUUGGAAGGAGAUUCUGAGAAAAAAUCGGUAUUGAAAUCUGACGAGAAAGUGGCUUCAGAGGGGAAGGUAGAGCCUGGUGAAUCUUCUAAGGAUAGUGAUGUCACAGAUUCAGUGCCUGUCCCUGAAGAGGAAGACCUUGGAUGGGAUGAGAUUGAGGAUCUUAGUAGUAUUGAUGAAAAGAAGGUGACUCAUAGUGGAAGUCCGAACAGAGCAGAGCUAAGGAAGCGGCUUAGUGCUGUGGAAGAAGAGGCGGAUUUGAGUUGGGAUAUUGAAGAUGAUGAUGACGAUAAACCAACUAAAGGUUGAAACUUUAUUGAACGGUUAAGUUUUUAUUUUUAAGUGUACUGGUCUCAGUUAAACUUCCCUCCACAGUUGUUUUUAUGUAAUGGAGUAUAAUACGGUUGGAGGGUCUUCUUCUUUUCUUUUCUUUUUCUUGCAUCAGUUGAUUCAAAUGCAAAUAUGUUUCUGUGAUCAUGUAAUGUCAAUUUGUGAAGUUAAAAGAAACUCUGUCAUUGA